AUGCUCUUUGGUCAGUAUAUGAUACUGCCCAUUUUGCUCUUCCUUUGUUAUGGAACAACGCUUGUGAACUCUUUCCCCGCCUUUUUUGGAUUUGGUUCAUCCACACAAUUUGAUCAAGCUCAACCUACACCUGAAGCUCUUACUCAAGACAAUGAAGCUUCUAUUACCGAUAGCAUGCUUAUCAACUACUGCAUGAGCAAUCGAGAGCAUGAAACCUGUAAAGGAAUGUUCGAUAUGGUGCAUACGUACUUUGCCGAAAAGCUUUCGGAUGAUGAACAACUCCGUAUGGUGACCGAUGAUAAGGCUUUAAUGGAAAAACGUUCAGAUGGCUCGUUCGCACAUGUGCAGCGUGAGCAAGUGCUUUAUGAUGGAGUUGCAUAUUGCCCCUGCAGCCCAGGUUCUACAGAUAGCGCCACAUCACCCAACGAUCAAGCCACACCCUGUACUGCAGCCGCCACGAUCACUGUUGAAAACACGGCUACGGUGACAAAUGCUGCAACAGGUGAUUGCCAGGCAACGGUGACGCUUAAGGAAAAUUGUGAUGCAACAGCAACCAAUGGUCAAGGCGUGGAUACUUCCAGCAAUGGUGCCAAUGCUAAUUGCCCAACGGCUAUUGCCACAGUAACCAGUAUUCUUACCGAUUCGGAUAUCGUAUGCAGUGGAUCUGCCACAGCAGGACAAGGUGGAUCACAAGCGACCGUUACUGUGAGUGAAUGCCAAGCAACCGUUACCAGCAACCAAUGUGAUCAAACAACCACCAGCACAGUAUUGCAAACGAAUACAGUGGAAGAAUGCCAUGCUACAACAACCAACACGGUGUUACAAACGAAUACAGUACAAGAAUGCCAUUCUACAGUGACCAACACGGUGGUGGAAACGAAUACGGUGGGAGAAUGUCAUCCUACAACAUCCAACACUGUACCAGGAUCCUCCUCUGUUAGCCAAGCUACAAGCAGCACAUCGCCCACCACUACAUGUCCUACAUGUAUCUCUUCAGCAACCACCACUGCACCAGGAUCCUCCACCACGGCAUGUCCUACAUGUCUCCCUUCUUCAGCUUCUACAACCACGCCUUGCACAUCUUGCAUCUUGUCCUCCUUGACCUCAUCACCACCCGUUAAUGUACAAACAUCAACUCCACCAACAUCUUCCAAAACAGCUCAAACAACGAAGGUGUUGCCAUCAACAACCACUCUUCCUUCAUCCACUCCUCCUAUCACAGGCACACCAACAACCACAACCCCUGGAGGAAGCACAGCACCAACAUCGUCUAUUGGAGGAUCAACCACACCAACGCCUAGCCAAACAACCACCAGCGUAGUUUUACUUCCCACGUAUUCGGUAUCUUCUGAUUUGACACCAACAACGAACACACCUACAACCACGGGUCCCUUGACUACCAGCAACGUGUUUGGAAGCAGCAGCAGCAGCCCUAAUACCAUCACGAGUGCACCUUCUACAACACCCAGCGGCUCCAAUACCAUCACAUCUCCAACAGGAUCAUCAUCAGCACCAACAACCAUCAUUCUCACUUUCCCAUCUGGUACUUUAACCAUCACGGAUACCACGGUGGAUAUCUUUGGAUCAACUGAUAUUGGAUGGGGUGCUUCGGUUGGUGGUGAUUGGAAGGUUAACUUUGGUCACGAGAUUUUGAGUGUUCCCAGCAGCUCACCAUCGGCAUCAUUACCCACAACAACAACAACGGGUGUAACAAGUAGACCAACAACACCAACCACUGUGCCAGGAACAGCAACGACAACUACUCCUGGUGGCGGUGUAACAACUCGACCUACAACAGCAACCCAUGCAACAGCUACAACAACAGCUCCACGCAUUACCACGCCCACAACCACAGAGCAUGUUGCUACCACUCCUCAGACUACCACCACUACUACACCUGAACAUCAUGGAACAACUACUACAGGUGCCACCCAAUCAACAGGUACUCCUACUACUACCACACCCACUGGCAAUGAGCAUACAACAACAACAACCACCACACCCGAUACAUUGACCACAACAACAAUGACACCUACUACAACCGCACCUGAUACAUUGACCACCACCACUACACCUGAAGAGCAUCACACCAAGCCUCAUAAUGAGCAUCAUACCAAACCUCACAAGGAUAAUCAUGGAAAGAAGCAUCAUCACAAGCAUCACAAGCAGCACAAACCCACCACGACGGAUGUUAUUUCGCCUCCCCUACCCACUCAUUGUUAUCAACAACCAGGAGGUGGACCUGUGCAUUGUGUUACUUUGACGGAUGAAAUGCCACCUCUCCCAACGACGCAUUGCUAUCAACAACCAGGAGGUGGCCCCACCCAUUGUGUUACCAUUACAGGUCCCCCACCACCCGAAUUGACUGAAGCGGUCAAAGAGACACCAACCCCUGAUGAGGAUUGCGAAACCGAUGACUUAGGCCAUCUUGUGUACCCACAUGAAAUGGAGGAGCACAAGGAUCAUUGGAAGGAUAAAGAUCACUGGAAAAAGUACAAGCACUGGCAUCACAAGGAUCAUGAAGGAGACAAGGAGUGGGAUGAUGACGACGAUGAAGAUGAUGAUGACGACGAUGAUGAAGACUGGGACGAAGAUGAUGAAGAUUGCGACGAGGACGACGAUUAG